CGGACAGAAGAACGCCGCGCACUGUUGCUGUGCUGCUGUUCGACUCGCCGGCGUUGCGUUUCGCAGACCCUGGACCCCCUCCCAGCAGCCCUGAACCCUCUAAAGGCCAAUUUUUGCAGAUAUUUGUAUUUGUGAAAUUUUCCACUCAGUAAAUCGAUGAUGCUUCAGCGACCACAGGUCGAGGUUUGUAUCUAUCUAACCAUGCAGAUGCAGGCGCAGCAUGAAGUUGACGUUCUUCAAAAUGCUGUAAAAAAGGUAAUUUGCUAUCCCAGUUGAUUAUUUCAUAUUCUUCAACAUGUUCAAAACCGAUGAAACCAUCUUCACUUCUUGCGUCUAGUAGCAUUUCGAAUUCGAGACUAGAGAAAGAACGACCCAUGUCCACCUCCACUGCAUUCUUUUCGCAAGCCAGAGUUGUAUACGGGAGUAGAUAGCACGGUAAGCAGUAAACUAUCGGGCGUCAGUAAGCAGCCGGCUGCAAGGGAACGUGUCCCGCGAGUUCCACCGAAAUGCAGGACCAAAAUCUGACAGCGGCGCAACAGCAGCAGCUUGCAGUGCUGCAGGUAGUAGAGGUCAUUUUUCUACUUCUUAAUUUUGGUAGUUCAUACCUAUGAAGAGAUGUAGAUGCUCACUAGCUGAGCCUGCUGUGAUGCAGUACUAGUACCACAUCCCGCCCGAUUCGAAUUGAAGUAGAUAGCCCUCCAUAACCAUGAUUCACCAAUUCCAAUAAAUCAAAAAACCUCAAUAUGGAGAGAAAAAAGUUUGUCACAGUAUCUAACUUGCAGGUUUUGCAUUACAAAUUUUCUCAGCAUCACAAAGUUUCCUUGUAUUGCAGAAACACUAGGGAAAUCCGUAAUGAAGUUUGGCUGUAAUGCAUUUUUACGCAUGACAAGCAAUUUUGUAUUGCAAGAAUGCGCAUGAGUGAUCGUGACGAACUUUUUUUCUUGGAUACCCAAACCAGCUUGCGGAAGUGAUGAAAGAGCAGAAAGAGAUGUUGAAGCUCUCUUCCAGGUGUUACCAGCAGUGCAACCCCGGCGCCCCGUCCAAACAACUCUCCAGCUCGCAGAAGACCUGUGUCUGGCGGUGCGCACAGAGGUGGACGGAGUCCAAAUAUUUUUUAAAUCAUAUGAGAGUGCACAACUACUCCCCCUCCCCCUCAUUUGUAUAGCUAUAGCAUGAACGGCAAUACAAGUGCCAGCGAGACUGCAUGUUUAGCAUGACAGAUGUGCCAGGAUUGUAGUGCUGCUAUUUGGGCUGUCAGAACUUAUCAUGCAAACAGUGCUAAGCGGCACAGCCUCGAUUCGACAUUUUGCAUGACAAAUGAAGGGGAGGGGGAGUUGUGCACAUUCAUAAAUCAGUACCUGAUGUCACAAGCCGGGGCGCAGAAAGACGCAAGUUAUGCAUUGCAAAUAUGUCUGGGUCUGCAAAGAUGCAAUUUGUCAUGCUAAAUCUGAACCAUGCAAAAAUGAUGUUGCAUGAGUGCCAAAAGCUGUCCACUUUCGGUCAAGUUAAGAGGGAGUUUCUCAUGCAGGAUAGGCAUGAUAGAGACCCCACAGAAUCUGUCAUGGGAGGCCCCGCAUUCCAGAUCUCGUGGGUCAUGGAAAACCUGCAUGACAAGUCUUGCAAUCUCCCGGACCCAGACACUUUUGCAUUUGAUGCAAGUGUCGACGGAACCAUGCCUUUGAGAUCGGUCAAGGACCCGACGGAGGGAUAUUUUGCGUAGCAAUUUUCAUCUCGCCAAAAAAUGAUCCUCUGAACAAGCAGAAGAACUUCAACAAGCGACAUAAUAAACGACUGCCUUUGCUUUGAUGUGAUCAGUAUUGCUUCAAUCUGGACGCAUUGAAAGUGCAAUUGAUUCGCAUCAAAUACAAAAUCAAUAAAAACAAACUAAGACUGCACCGAGCUGCCCUCGCGUGCCUUGAAGAGUAGGCGACGUAACAUGGCUGAUAGCAUGGCGUCUGCUCUCUUUCUUUCUCAUGAAUGAGAUCAAGAACAGAAAAAAUCCACGUGUUCGAAAUGUUUCCCG